AUUUAAUUCCAGGAAGAAACACAUGGAGAGAAGUGUUGAAGUGUUCCAUAUAUGCGAAAGGCAAUUUUAUUGAAAGUCUCAUAUUUCUCAGUACGUUUGUGAACCUUCGUGAAAUUUAUUCGCAUUAAAAUUGUCGCUCCACAACUAUUCAAUUGAAAUUGAAUAAUAAUUUAAGCGCGCUCUAAGUGACAAUCGACGUGUAGGCUUCAUUGCUGAUGCCAAUCAUUAAAAUCGUCUCUCUGAAUAAGAAUUAGUAACCGUUAUUUUUUCUAACUAUACGAAUAUCCUGUCUUAAAUAUCUCCAGGUAAUUAUCAAUAUUUCGGUUAUUCCUGUGAAUCAUUGACUCUUGAAUCAUGUUUUGAAAGUGAUUAAAUUAAUCGAAAAGGUACUUUCAAAAGAGAAAAAAUUUCAAAUAUGAAAAUUUGUGCGGGAACGAUUGGAAACGACAUUAAAAAUAAUUAAUUUACAAAAUUAGAAUAAUUCUAAAAACUAAUAGAGGUGAAUAGAAAAAGGAUAAGUUAACUAUUUGUAGUGUAACAGUAGUGAAAAAAGUGGAAUUUGAAAAUUUUUUUUCCGAGUUUCACUGAAAAUGCCGGGCAGUCGGGAUAAACAUGGAACGAACAAUUCCCAAGAUCAGUUGCCACCACAUUAUUUACAUGAAUUACCGGCUCAGGAUGAAGAAAGAUUGGAAAAAUUAUUUCAAUCUCUCGACCUUGAUGGAAAUGGAAGAAUUGACGUUCACGAUCUUUCCAAAGCACUUCAUCAAGCUGGUGUUCACAGACACUAUGCAGAGAAAUUUCUUGCGAGGUCUGAUCAGACAAAUAGUGGUGACAUUAGUUUAGCCGAAUUUGUAUAUUAUAUCAAGGAACAUGAAAAAAAUUUGAGAUUACAAUUUUCUGAUAUGGACAAAAAUCAAGAUGGAAAAAUUGAUCUCGAGGAAUUAAUUAGAGCCUUCAAGGAUUUGGGAGUUGAAAUGGAGAGAGCAGAAGCCAGGAAACUAUUGCAAAGAAUGGACAAAGAUGGGAGUCUCAAUAUUAGUUACAAUGAAUGGAGAGAUUUUUUACUCUACGCUCCCAGUACAAAUAUCCAUGAACUUAUUCAUUAUUGGCGUCAUUCUACGUAUAUGGACAUUGGAGAGGAUAUUGGAGUUCCCGAUGAUUUCACAAAUAGCGAAAUGAUUACUGGUAUGUGGUGGAGACAUUUACUCGCCGGAGGAAUCGCUGGUGCUGUUUCUCGAACUUGCACAGCGCCAUUGGAUCGGAUAAAAGUUUAUCUGCAGGUCCACGGGACACGAAAUUGCAAUAUUUUUAGUUGUGGCAAAUAUAUGUUACGCGAAGGUGGAGUAACGAGUUACUGGAGAGGAAAUGGAAUUAAUGUACUUAAAAUAGGUCCCGAAUCUGCCCUAAAAUUUGCUGCUUACGAGCAAGUCAAACGAUAUAUCAAAGGAAUCAACAGCAACAAAGAACUCAAUAUUUAUGAAAGGUUUAUCGCUGGCUCCGUAGCUGGUGGCUUUAGUCAGUCGAUUAUUUAUCCCCUAGAAGUAAUGAAGACGAGAUUGGCGUUGAGAAAAACAGGAGAAUUCAGCGGAAUUUCAGAUGCUGCUAAAAAAAUAUACAGUCAUGGGGGUCUAAAAACAUUUUACAGAGGCUACGUUCCAAAUUUAAUUGGAAUUCUUCCUUACGCAGGAAUUGAUUUGGCUGUGUAUGAGACACUAAAGAAUAAUUAUAUAAGGACGCACAAUAAGGAUGAACAUCCGUCAAUUUGGCUUGUACUAUUUUGUGGUACAAUAUCAAGCACAGCAGGACAAGUUUGCUCGUAUCCUUUAGCUCUAGUCAGAACACGAUUGCAAGCUCAGGUUGUACCUGAAAGUUCUUCCAGUAUGAUCUGUGUUAUUCGAAAUAUUCUUCAUCGUGAAGGAUUUCGAGGCUUAUACCGAGGCCUCACACCCAAUUUUCUAAAAGUUGCGCCGGCAGUAUCGACGAGUUACGUCGUUUAUGAGCAUGUAAGACAGGCCUUAGGAGUUAACAUGACGUGAUGAACAUGCGCACUAGGAACUAUUAAUUUAAUUAAAUUAUUCCGCAAUUUUUAUAAACUAAGUACUUAGUGUAGAAGAAAAAAAAAUCGCGAGCUUUAUUUCUCCACGUUUUUACGUUUUCAAAAAAAGCUCAUUAAAUGAACUUAGUUUCUUUUUCAUCGUCAUUUCUACUCAAAUGUAAAUUAUUAUUUAUUCAUCUAUCUCUCUCUCUCUCUCUCUCUCCCUCUCUUUUACUCUCGAGAGAGAAAGAGAAGAAAAACGUUUCAAUCUCGUCAAAGAACAAAGUUCUCUUUUCCUAAUCAUUUUGUCGAAGAAAAGAAUAGAGAGAAGUUCAUCGAAAUAUCAGCGCAUCUAAUAUAUAAAUAUUAACGAAACCAAUUAGCCUUUUUUUAAGGCGAAGGUAGAUCUUCUCUUUUAUAAGGAAAAAAAAGGCUCAGAAUUGACAAAAAAAAAAGCUUUUUUCUCAGUCACUUCAACUUUAGGUAUUUAAUAAUUGAAAUUAUUAUGCGAAUGAUCGAAUUUACUCUCUUUAACUCGUGAGAAUCCCUGUGGGAUCGAUAAAGAGAAAGAAAGAAAAAAUACGUUCUACUUAUUCUGUGAUAAGCACGAUCAGCGGAAUUCGUUCUACUAUUUUCACGUUGUUUCAAUAAUAGUAGUUUUUUUUAUAAUAAUAUACGGUUUGCCUAAUAAUAAUAAAAAAAAGUUUCUCCUAAUAAAAACAAAAAAAAAACGAUUUUUAGGCAAUUCGUUCAAAUUUAAUCGCGUCUCUUUGCGAAGCUAUUCAUUCCUUUUUAAAUUAAAUAAAAAAAUACUUCAAAAAGUUAUCUCUUGUAAAAUGUACACAAAAAAAAUACCCGAAUUUUUAAAGAAUAUCUUUUAACAGAAAAAUUUUUAAUUUUCAUUUUUUAAAAACUCUUUUAGAUCUUUUUCUUUUAUUUCCUCCAAAAAUUUUCUAUUGAGUUUAAUUUUAACUCUACUUUUUUUGUGUGUACAAUUUAUAUUUGACAAUAUUCGUGUCGAUUUAUGUACAUUAUUCAGUAGUUAGAAAAACUAUUUAUAUGGGAGCCUCGGUGCUAUGAAGUUCAAAAAAAAAUUUUUAAAUCGCGAAAUUCGAAAGGCAUUUAAAACAAGGAAUAACGAAAAAAAAUUGUAAAUAACGCGAAAAAAGUUUUUUUUGUAGCGCUGAAGACAAUUUUCAAUUUAGUACAAUAAGCAAUAAAUAUUACCCGUAUUAAAGAAGAAGAAAAAAAAUCUUAACGCCGAUAUUCUAAAAAGAAAUCGUUAAAAGCGCAAAAUCGAAAGCGUUUUUUUAGCGUCGUGUACAGAUAAUUUUUACCGGGACCGAGUAAUCAUGACUUUAUCGAAGUAAAUAGCCUGACUAUUUUCUUUUAGUUUUUUUUUUUAAUUUUUUCUGUUUUUUAAUUCUUAGCUCAACGAUGUCCAUGUAUAUGAAACAUGAACGCCUUUUUCUAUGAAUAAAUGUAAUUUAUUGAUCACUGUUA